UAUUGGACGAACGUUCUCGAACACUGUGUGACUUACUGAGUAGUCAUUCUCAUUUUGUGCCCGACAAUUCGGUUGAAAAUCGCAUUUUCUUCUGAAAAUAGACUUGCGAGCAGUGACCGCGGCUUAAUAAAUUAACAUAUAGCCAACUCAACAACAAUAAAAUGUCGACAGCAGGUUCGAUUCCGCCACCAGUUUCGUGGGCUCAGCGCAACGAUUUGAUUUACGUUAUCAUCGAUGUGGAAUGCAAAGACAUUGAACACAAAGUGACAGACAAGAGCUUCACUUUCAAGGGUGUGAAUGCGCUUGAUGCCUCCAAAAAGUACGAUGUCACAUUGAACUUUUACAAUUCGGUUGAUCCGGAGAAAGUGACAAGCAAGAAUAUUGGACGUUGUUUGGAGUUCACAAUACCCAAGAAGGAGAACGGUCCCUACUGGCCAACACUGACCACAGAUAAGACCAAAUUGCACUUCUUAAAAGCCAAUUUUGCCAAGUGGCGUGACGAGUCUGACGAAGAGGAGGGUGAUCCUAAGGACAGUGGAAUGUUUAACAACUUCCUCAAUAGUCCGGGAGGCGACUGGAACAACAAGUUUGAUGAUUUCAAUGUCGACGAGGAUGACGAUUCCGACGACAACAUACCCAGCCUGUCGCAAAAUGAUGAUGAGGAUGAGGGUGGGGAGGGUGACAAAGACAAGAAGCCGGCUGCCUAAGCAGCUUGCUGUACGGGCAUUUUUGAAGUAAUAGAGUCGUAGCGUUAGCCGAGACCCCUAUACCGUUAAGUCACACACACAUACACAUCUACACACACACGAACACGAUCAUACGUUCAUUAAUACUUAUUCCGAAAACAAAACUAGAGCAGAAUAUGCGACAUGAUAGCAGAAACAAAGGAGGAAAAAUUGAACAAAGGAUGCAUUAAUUUAACGCUGGAUUUUCGCCCUUAUAACUACAAC